AUGCCAUGGUCUCAUCCACUAGAUCAGGAGUCGACCACGGCACCAACCCUCCCCCAACACGCAGAGGCCAAGGAAGGGGAAGAGGAAGACCUCGAGGUGGCGGUAAACGCGGCCCCAAAAGCGUUCCAAGGAGAGAAACCCCUGUCAGCGGGCCAACUCAACGCGAUAGACUUGCUUCAGAAGUCGAAGCAAAUCUACUUCAACGCGAAGAGCGCGGAGGAGUACGAGCUCCUCCCCCACUUGGUCAAACAGACCAUCGAGACGUUCCGCCUCGUCAGGUCAUUCCUGACCUGGCAAGAGACCUUAGCAAAACUCGACGGGUGGAACCCGUACAAGGAGAAGGCGGCAGCCGCACUCUGGGAGAAGUUCAAGAAGAACCCAGCGGCGGCAAACUCGAACAGCGCAGCGGCGUCGACCAGCGCGAUACCAGCGAACAGCGACAGGUUCAGGGGGUACAAGAUCCCCAAGAACGCGAAAGGCAAAGCGGCGACGAACGUCAAGAACAACAAAUUCAUGACGAGCGUGAAUAAACGCGAAAUGGAAAAAAGAAAAUGGAAGAAGGUCACUCACCUGGCACAAGCCAUGAUCGAAUUCCGCGACGCAGCCAACCUUUGA